AUGGUCAAGUACUACACGUCUCUCGCUCUGCUAGGGCUCCAUGUUGGUGCAGCGAUCGCGGCCCGCCAGCCGUACGACGUGCGGAAGAUCAUAGAGGCAUUCAAAAGAACCCACGACGACCUAACGAUCCUUUGCGCGCAUCGAGGGCUCAGAUGGAACGGCACAGCCGAAAAUUCAGUAGAUGCCUAUUGGCGCGCAGCAGAAGCCGGAAUCGAGUGCAUCGAAACCGACAUGCGACUCUCUAAAGAUUACUUCAUUCCCAUGAUCCACGACGGUGGACUGGGCCGUUCCACUGACGUUGGUGAGCAAGCAGGCAAGGAAGCUUACAACCCGUACACUGGCCAGGGUUACAAUCCCAAUGUAGAGGUCCUGAACUACGAGGGCUACAUCGAGAACCUCCAUUUGCGCGAUGAAAUGGGGCGUGUGCGUGUGGAGAAGGUUCCUACAUUGCCCGACAUGGUGCAAGCGAUUUACGAAGAGGGUAUGAAUGUUGUGCUCGAGCUUGACUUCAAAGAUCAGGCGGCUGUCGAACCUGCGUAUUGGGCUUUGAAGACGCUGAAGAACGCGGCUGGCGUACCGGCCAACGAGUGGUGUAUCUACAAGCUUCAGGCUACGUGGUACAAGACGCCUGAAGAGUUUGAAGCUCUACAAUGGGUGCAAGAUGCGUUUGCGAGCGGCGUUCAGCUGGCCUUCAUCCCUGUGUAUGACCCUGCAAUGGAAGACGAGAUGGACACUCUUGCUUCACUGAAGGCAUUCUCGCAAACAAACUACACCAUCAGCGCUGAGAUCGAGCUUCGAUCGAUAGACGGCGUACUUCAGGAUCUGCUGGACUACGUUAAGAGCAACCAAUCUACCAACGUGAAAUUCAAGACUGCCGGUACCUUCUAUGCCCCUGGCGACAUCUUUGCCCCCGGAACCGUAGACUUCGACAGGGCGAACUACACCUUUCCCGACGACGAACACCGUAACAAAUCUGUCUACACAUUCCAGGACAACAAAGCGCCCCCUCUCAUGGACAGUCUCCUUCCCGAUGGAGCCUCAGUAGAUGGCCACGACUACCGAUCUGAUUUCAACUGGAUCAUUGAGCAAGGGUAUGACUGGGUCAUCACUGAUACACCUGAUUUGUGGGCAAGGAGGCUGGAGAAGCAGGGAAGGAGGAAUAUUACGUGGAUGUUGGCGGAUGGGAAGGAGGUCGCGAAUGAGACGCUCAGUGGCGGGUGGUACAAGAGGCGCGAGCAAAACUAG